UAUUGACUGAGCCAGCCAGGCAAAGAGGAAGAUGGUUAUGAUGUCUCUUUCAUAGUUUUCUUUCUCUUAUUCCCAAAUCCCACAUAGGUUGGAACUUUCCGGGCCACCUUCAUCCUGACAGCUCUCCCACUUCCUCUCCCAGUGGUUCUAUCAUUUUCUUUCCUGGCCAGAGAUGCCUCUUCUGACAUUUUCUGGUUGAGCUGUUUCACCUCCACCCCUUCUCCCUCAACGGGAUAGGGAAGUAAGUCCUGGAUUCAGAACUCCGCCCUGCCUUGCACUACCUCAUUCUCUCUUCACAGGCUGGUUCACAGCGGUCACUGCAGAUGCACCUUGAAGACAUAAGGUGCCAGACCCAAGUCAUGAUCCUGCGAGUCAUCUCCCUGGCUGCCCUUCUGAGUCCCCAUGGAACUGGGGCCAUCAGGGUGGGCCACGUGUCAACGUAUGUCCAGUUUGUCCAGACACACAGACCCUCUGGAGAGUACAUGUUUGAGUUUGAUGAGGAUGAGUUCUAUGUGGAUCUGGAUAAGAAGGAGACCAUCUGGCAUCUGCCAGAGUUUAUUCAUGUCUUCAACUUUGAUGCUUGGAGGGGUAUUGCUGACAUUGUCACGGCAAAGAAGAACCUGAACACUCUGAUCCAACGGUCCAACCACACCAGGGCCACAAAUGAGCCACCUGAGGUGGCCGUGUUUCCCAAGGAGCCUGUGGAGCUUGGACAGCCCAACACCCUCAUCUGCCAUGUGGACAAGUUCUUCCCACCUGUGCUCAAUGUCACAUGGCUGUGCAAUGGGCAGACGGUCACCAAAGGUGUGGCUGAGAGCAUCCUCCUGCCUAGCACAGAAUUCAGGUUCCACAAGUUCCACUACCUGACCUUCAUUCCCACGGCUGAAGAUGUCUAUGACUGCAAGGUGGAGCACUGGGGCCUGGACCAGCCGCUCCUUCAGCACUGGGAGGCCCAGGAGCCUAUGGAGGUGCCUGAGACAAUGGAGACUGUGGUCUGUGCCCUGGGCCUGGUGGUGGGCGUGGCAGGCAUCAUCACUGGCACCAUCAUCCUGAAGACCAGGAGGCCCGACAACAUCCCUGGGUGCAGGGGCCCCUGUGAGUUAUCCCAGAGCUGGGGGUACUAGGGACACAGUGCAAAAGAGGAGGCAACAUGGUAUGGGUAGUGGGCGGGAAGGAGAAACACUUCAACAGGGGUUCUUUGAGAACUUCGCAUUUCAGAAUCACUGACCUAGAUUAAAAUAAUACAAUGAUAAAGAACAUUAGUUGAGUUGCUUACUAUUUACUAAGCUCUAUUCUAUAGGCUUCUUAUGUAUUCAUUUAUGUUUGGAGGUUGAUACCAUUAUUUCCCCAUCAUACAGAGCGGGAAGCAGACAUGAGGAGGGUGAAGGAAUCUGUCCAAGGUCACACAGCUUGAAAGGUACAGAGUCUGCAUUUGGACUCGGGCAUUGGGGUUCCAGAGCUCCGUCUUCUGCAAUAUGUAGAUUAUAUCAUCUACGGCCAUUUUCUCUCUCCCUUACAAUCUUCAUAGCCUUGAUUUUCUUUUGUUGUCGUAGUGAUGUCUAGAACCUUCAAUACUAUGUUAAACAUUUGUAGUAAUAAA